CGUUGACAUAACGCUUUGCCGCCAUAGUGAGCGCCAUAGUCACCGUAGCUGUUGGCGACUGUUUCCUGUCAACUGAGGUGCACAAAUUUUCACAUUUUCACUUACAAUCAAAACCAUGCAAUCAGCGUCUGGUCCAGGUACCACCAUUGUUCAUCUAUCUCCGAAAAAUCAUACAAUUUUACAACAAGGUGGUCAACAUGUCCUACUUAGUAAAAUUGCUUCCGACUCUACUAGUAAUCGUCCACCAACAAGUGGAGUGGAAACUAGUUUAUUACAAACAGCACAUUCAAAUAACUCACAAACUAUAUAUCCAGCACAUUAUAUUGAAGCUAUCGCUGAACAAACUGUUUAUACUGCAAAUGGAGAAGGCGGUGGGAUUCUCGAAAUUAAGUCUGGUACGCCAUUAAGAAAACUAUUUGCAUCAGUCACGAAAUCUUUGUCUGGGCAUGUUGGUCGGUGGUAUAUGUCGACUUGCAUGAAUUUUACUGAUCCGAUUGGACAAUAUCAAGAAUAUACACCGAUUAUUUAUGCUCCUGUUUCAGGCGGACCAACAUAUUAUCAAACAGCUAAUGGACAAGUUUUAGCUACUGCGUUUGGUGCAGCGAAUAGUGCAACAGGUCAUGUUGGUGCCUUACAUACUGCUGCGGCGGCACAUGCAAAUUUAACUGCCACAGCUGGUGUUGGUCACGCCCAAUUAGUUACACACCAAGGUGCAACAUAUUUAUUACAAAGUGGUCAAUUAGAUGAUGACGGAUCCUCCAUAUCCCAUACAGCAAAAGCUAGUCCUGUCACUGUUCAAUGGCUUGUUGAUAAUUACGAGACAGCUGAUGGUGUUAGUCUUCCACGUAGUACAUUAUAUUUUCAUUAUUUACAACAUUGUAAUGAACAUAAAUUAGAGCCAAUGAAUCCAGCAUCAUUUGGUAAAUUAAUACGUUCAGUAUUUUUUGGCCUACGUACACGACGACUAGGUACACGUGGAAAUUCUAAAUAUCAUUAUUAUGGUAUUCGUAUUAAGCCAAACUCACCUUUAAAUCAUUUUAUCGAAGAUGCUGGUUUCUCACUUCGACAUUAUCCUAAUUAUCAUCGUCAAACAAUGGAAGCUGCAGCUGAAUGGAAAAAUUUCACAAAUUCUUCGUUAAAUCGAUUGAAAUCUUUAAGUACAAAUGGGAAUGGAGUCAAUAGUGGAGGUGUUGGAGUUGGGAACACUUCUUUUGGAUUAAAUAAUUUAGCAUCUCAUGUUCAUUCAACAUCACAUAUCUCAUGCAGUAAUGCCAGUAGUAAUAUUAGUAGUAGUAAUUCUCAGUUAUCAUCUCAUUACGGUACUAGUACAACAGUGACAACAUUCCGUUCUUCAGAUAAAUCAAUGUUAAAUAAUAAUCUUUAUGUUGGUAGUGGAAGUGUUUCUUCACAUUCCACCAGUCAAAAUGUUGAUAGUGUUACGACAAAUUCAGUAACAAGUCCUUUAUUAUCUUCUAAUGGUGUUGGCAAUGGUCAACAUCAUGCACAUUUUCUUGGUGAAGCUAGUUCCGCAUUGCCUAAUCUAGAUGAAAUAUGCCGAUCAUCUGGUCUUCCUGUGCCAAGUGAAGUUGAUUUGCCAGAGAAUAAAAGUCGUUUAAAAACAGUUGAAACAUCGAAUAAUUUAUCAACAAAUGAAGAUGUAAUUACAUUUUGUCGUCUUUAUGCUUUAUCCGCUGGUUAUAUGCUUGAUGCUGUAGUAAAUUUAGAUUUUACUUCAAUUGAAACAGUAUGGAAAGCAUUUUGGUGCACUGAAGAAGUACGAGAUUCUCGGUUAAAACAAAGUUUAUCACAAGAACGAUUAUAUUCACUCGUGUCCGAUCCGGCCAUUUUACAAUUCAUUCGACUUUAUGAUCAUACAUUCUAUCAAUCAUUAGCUGAAGUUUUAAUACCAAAUGUACUUCGACCUAUUCCGCCAACUCUUACACAAGCAAUUCGUAAUUUUGCAAAAUCUCUUGAAGGUUGGAUGCGUCAAGCUAUACAAGGUUUAGAUACAGAUCUUAUUAAUUUAAAAAUAUCCGCUGUAUGUGCAUUAGCACAAACUCUUCGACGUUACACUAGUUUAAAUCAUUUAGCUCAAGCUGCUCGUGCUGUAUUAAAAAAUGCUAAUCAAAUUAAUCAAAUGUUGGCCGAUUUAAAUCGUGUCGAUUUCAAUAAUGUACAAGAACAAGCUUCAUGGGUAUGUCAGUGCAGUGAUUCUACUGUUAGUCAGUUAGAGCAUGAUUUUAAACGUAUUUUACAAAAGCACGCAUCACUUGAAGAAUGGGCUCAAUGGUUAGAUACAGUAGUGACUAGCAUCUUACAACCACUUGAAGGCAAUAGUUUGGCUUAUACAAGAGCUGCACAUCAACUAGUAUUGAAAUGGUCUUUUUACAGUUCAAUGGUGAUUAGAGAUCUGACGUUGAGAUCUGCAUCGAGUUUUGGCAGUUUUCAUUUAAUUCGACUAUUAUAUGAUGAGUACAUAUUUUAUUUAGUUGAGCACAAAGUCGCUGCACAUUUAGGCAUGACACCGGUCGCUGUUAUGGGUGAAAUGGGUAGAGAUAUUACUCAACAACAUUGUGCUCAAAAUCGAUUACAUUUGGACAAUCGUAAUGUUCCUGGGAAAUCUUCUAAAUCUAUUCACAAUAAUAGUAAUACAACAGUACAUGAUUCUCCACAACAUGAUAAUUCGAAUUAUUUGCCGUUUGUUAAUGAUGAUAAUAACAAUGAUAACAAUAAUAAUGUAGAUCAUACAAAUCCUAUAUUUCAUCAACAAAAACACUCAAUUAAUUUAACUAAAGACCGUGUUGCUGUUGUAGGCAAUGAUGAUUGUAAUCCGGACACUAACACUAAUAAUGUUAUUAGUCGCGAGAAAAAUAGACGGGAACAACAACAAUUAGACAGUGACGGUGUCAUUGUUGACGAAGAUGUCAUGGAUCAUCAUCAUGACGAUGACGAAGAAGUGGAUGAUUUCGAUGAAGAAGUUGAUGAGUACUUAGACGAUGAAGAUGAAGUGGAUGAUUCAUUAGGUGAUGAAAAUGCCAUGUUAAAAGAAGCACAUGCUUCAGCACAAGCUUAUUGUCGAAACUCUUCAAUCGCUGCGACUUCUACUUCUACUGUCCUGAUACCUCAAUCAUUAGAUUCAACUGAUGAUAUGCCCAAUACUACUGGCAGGAAGAAAGAUACUUUGAAAAUGGAAGAUGAAGCAAGCCAUGAAAAACAGUCAAACAUUCAAGAUGUUAUUGUCAGUGAUAACGAUAACAAUAAUGAUAUUGUUGACGACGAAGUGGUAGUAGAGAACACUGACGAGGGAACCGAUAACAAUAAAAAUAAAUUAGAGAAGUUAACUCAAAAACAUCCGAAUCUACUCAAUAAUGAUAAAAUUAGUUCGUCGACACCUGUUGAAUUAACUGUUCAACAAUCCAAUAAAGAUAAAAUAUCAACCAGUACAACGACAACCACUGGUAGUUGUUCUCCACCGUCAAUCGUAACAAUGCCUAAUCCUGUACGUAAAGUUGUCCGUGUCACUACAUUUUGUGAUGCAAAACAACCAUCAGUAGUUGUAGAGUCGUCAUUUGCUAAUUCUACACCAUUUACAACUACUGUAGCUACUACUACUAUUGCUUCUACUACUGCUAAUACUCCACGUUCAAUUAAUGUAAAACAAUCACCACCUGGAUCAUCAACAAUAUCAACACCAACAAUAACAAUUAAUUGUAAUAGACCAAUUGAAAUUCAUCCUUCUACUUUUCAUAUCACUACAACAACUCCAUCUUCUAUUAUUAAUAAUGGCAAUACAACAAUAGUAAAUAAACUAAAUGUUACUACCAAUUCAACUAUUCCUACUGAUAUAAUCUAUGCAAAACGACCAAAAUUAUCCUAAUCACUAUGUAUACCUUCCUAUUUGUUUCAAUGAAAGAACCUCAUUAUUAAUAUGUGCAUUACAAUCAUUAAUUAUUGCAUAUCACAAAACUGGUGAAAGGCAGCAGUCAUUAAAGAUAAUAAAGUCUGUGUGUUUUUCCACAGACUUUUCUAUUCCCUCUUUUACACUUUCAUAACUAUCAUCACCUAUGUUGUGCUUGUGUGUGUGUAUGUAUGUAUGUAUUGAAUAAACGUUUAGUACAAUUUAAUAAUUUCUUGUGUGCACAAUCAUUCCAUUUUUUUGUAUAUUGUCUGUUUAUUGAUUAUCCAAUCACUAAAGUUUGUGUUUUGAUGAUGAGACUCUGUACACAUUUAUAUGUUGAGAGAGAGAGGGGAAUGCGCACCUAAAAGGAAUGGGACAGAUCCUUUCCAUUCUCUAUGAUAAUAACUCCAAUUGAGUAUACUUUUGCACUAUUUAAAUAUUCUUGUCAAUAUGACAACUGUUUGCAGUAUGUUCAAGUGUAUGUAUGUAUGUGUGUGUGUGUUUUGGUUAUUGUGUUAGAUUGUCAUGUUGUCUGUUUUGUGUAUAUUAAUGAUUUCUGUAUAAUAAAAUCAACAAUCUUAAGAUCUUCC